CACAGCUCGCUCUGCAGUUUCCACAGCAGCCUGUACUCUGCCCCACAUUUUUUUUUUAUUUGGCAAUUAUCACCGCCCGCGCGCCCGCUCGCCGCUGCGUAAAAGCCGCCGCGCCGCGCUUAGGAUAUGCGCGUGUCCUUUGGCGCACAGCGAGGUCUCCAACAUGGACUUAAAAUCCGAGCUCCUCAAAUCCAUCUGGUACGCGUUCACGUCUCUGGACGUCGAGAAGUGCGGCAAAGUGUCCAAAUCGCAGUUGAAGGUGCUUUCUCAUAACCUGUACACGGUGCUGAACAUCCCACACGACCCCGUGGCUCUGGAGGAGCACUUCCAGGAUGAUGACGAUGGGCCGGUGUCCAAUCAUGGCUACAUGCCCUACCUCAACAAAUACAUACUGGAUAAGGUCAAAGAGGGGACGUUUGACAAGGAGAAGUUCGAUGACCUGUGCUGGAUGAUGACCAUGAAGAAGAACUUCAAGGGGCUACCACAGGGGGCGCUGCUCUCGCUAACAGACUGCUUCAAGCUCUUCUGCUUAUUCAACCUACUGUCUGAGGACCGCUACCCACUGGUGAUGAUCCCAGAGGAGGUGGAGUACCUCCUCAAGAAAAUCUCCACGGCGAUGAGCCAGGAGUGGGACGGGAAGCCAUUAGCGGACUUCAUAUCCCAGGAUGCCACAGUGUGGGAAGGCGACAUGUCCGUGUGGACCUUCCUGGAGCACAUGGGUGCGCGCCGGCUGCUGAGGGUCACCAGUGCCGAGGCCUUCAGCCUGGCUUUGGAUGAGGUCUUUCUGGAGAUGUACCACAACGUCCUCAAGAGGGGUUACAUGUGGAAAAAGGGGCACGUACGCAGGAACUGGACUGAGCGCUGGUUUGUGCUGAAGCCCUGCUCCAUCGCUUACUACGCCAGCGAGCACCUGAGAGACAAGAAAGGGGAGAUCCAGCUGGAUAAGAGCUGUAUCAUAGAGCCUGUCACAGACAGGGAGGGAAAGCGCUGCAUGUUCUGUGUGAAGACUCACAGUAAAACCUACGAGAUGAGCGCGUCUGACCAGAGGCAGAAGGUGGAGUGGACUACAGCUAUGCAGACGGCCCUCCGUCUCCAGAGCGAGGGCAAGUCGUCCCUUCACCAGGAACUCAAGCUGAAGAGACGAGUCCAGCGUGAACACGGCCAGCGGGAGCGCAGCCGGAGCGCCCGCAGCAGCUGCAGCAGCCGCAGCAGCCAAUCGGACGACUCCUGCCUCAUGCAGGAGAUGGACAAGAUGGAGAAGGAGAAAGAUUCAGAAAUAGAAAUCAUCAUACAGCAAGCACGAGAGUUGGAAAACCAUCGAAGGGAGGCGGAGGAAAAAGAGAGGAGGAAGCACAUGGAGGUGCAGAUGGAGCUGGAGAGGCAGCUGAAAGAGGCCGAGACGUUAAGAGACAGCAUGCAAGCAGAGAUGCAGGUGAGGGAAAAGGAGUCUGAGCAACAGAAAAAGAGGAUCGAGGAGUUGGAGCUGACGCAGGAGAAGCUGGAGGCCGCUCUCAACAUAGAGAUCCUGGCUCGGCUGGAGGAGGAGAGGGCCAGACUGGAGCUGGAGAGGUUGCUGCAGGCGGAAGAAGCGAAGAAGAAGCAGUUCCAGCUGCUCCAGGAGCAGCAGAGGGCCCUGCAGUGCCUCAGCCCCAUACCGGAGGUCUCGGACGGCGGUCCGGACCACCGGACCCCCUCGGCUCUGCACUCGGCCUCUCGGGAGCUGCAGGAUCUGCGGGCUUCUCGCCAGAGGAGCCACCAGCACCUGGAGGAGUUGCAAGAGAAGCUGAGGUAUGCCAGUCAACACGUCCGGCACUGGAACGUCCAGCUGAACCGCCUGAUGAAGCCCAUCGGUCCUGGAGAACGUUUGGAACAUCGGCUAUUAUCAAAACACACGUGUCCCAAAAAGGAAGGAGCGCUGGCGAGCAACGAGUUCAUCUCCAAAUUCAAGAAGAGAGCCGACGAGAACAACCAGACGGCCGGAGACCCCGACGCGGUGGAGGAGCGGUUGGAGGAGCGGUUGGAGGAGCGGUUGGAGGAGCGGUUGGAGGCCGCCAACCUGUCGGACGGAUCCGACGAAUCGCAGGAAAAACCCAACGGACAAAUGUGAUCCAAAAUGUUUCAAAUCUAAUUCGGCAUUUGUUUGAGAGCGAGACUUUUAGGAGAAAAGUUAUUCAAGAUAUGGAAAAAUAAUCUGUGCAAACAAACGUUAUAUUUAUAUUUUGAAAUGCAGAGAGAAAGAGAGAGAUGGAGGAGGCCAGUGGUGAUGAGCACACUCUAAUGCACGAUUUAAUGAACAUAAAUUUCAACUGACAUUUACAGUUUUGUACAAUACAUUUUAUUGGUGAAUAAUAAAACAUAAUUUUGUG